UAGUGUAGUAAAUUGAGGGCCAGCUGUAUAUGUUUAUGGCACCAUCUAGUGGACAUUCAAUAACAUUUUCUUGAGAUGGUAAUUAAAUCAGGCAUUAUUACUGGCCUUUAUUAGGACCCAGCUAAGGACCUCUGAUGAUGUCAUUUUCAGUUGAGCCACAUGUGACAUGUUGAUAUGGAAGGAUGUUGUGCUGGUGACAAUCUGAUUGCAUCUAUAUGGUUAUUUGCAUCAUCUUGUUGAUUUCAUGUUGUGUUUGCGUGCAUCAAAGAAACCAUACACACCUGUUCUGAUCAACAUAAGAUAUGCAAGACAUGAAGAUUAAACUGUUCAAUUUCUAUAAAGAGUGGUCUGUGAGUGGUGUGUGCACAUCUCAUCAAAGGGACAAAUAAUCAUAAAUGUUCUAACCGGGCAUUCUUUGGUGGUUGCAAACGGGUAGUAAUCAGCACCUAAGUGACUGUAUUACAUUUAAAUGUUAUAAUCUGUAACAUGUGGUCCUUCGAGCCGGAUAAUGCAACUUCUAAAGUAUCAACAAAGUCAACACAUAGAGAGGAGAUUGGUGAUGCAACAGUACGUCCCCGUCGCAGUACACAUCUACCAAAUUACCUUAAAGACUAUGACGUUGAUUAUGUGCCAGAGCAAAGAACUGCACACAUACCACCAGACCACUCCAACGAGGGAGAACAAUUAAUUGGUGCCACAGGAGUUAUGCCACUGCCUAAGAAAGGACAUGUCACUCCAAAUCUCUCUGAAAAGCACUCAUCAUUGCUAUUUACACCAUCAAAUCUAGCUCAUUCAUCAAAACGGCUACCAAGUAACAAUGAGGAUCGAACCUCUACCUUACCACAAUCAGUAUCACAUAGUAUCAAAUCAACGGCCACAAGAGAUCAAAGGGAUCCACGUUAUGACCAAGAUACACCAGUGAAACACAGUAAGGAGCAGUUACAUGUUCAACAUCAGAAUGACAGGAUUGAUGAGAUUAUUGAUGAGCUUCAGAGAAUGAAGGUCCAUUUCAAACCUCCCCCUUCCAUAUCAUCAUCACCAGAUCGUACAUCCAUCGAUUCUAGGGGUAAACAUGCUGAUGAAUACCGCCAUCAUCCAAGGCAUCAUUACAGACGUGAUCACAGCCCUGAAUUCAAACCAGAGAGACCAUUUAUACCUUACCGCCCUCUGUCUCCACCUAACCAAGAGAACUUUUACCGUGGUCCAACACCUACUAUUCCUUAUUUCGUAAAGGAAGAUCCACGUGAGUUUGCAAGAUUAAAAAUUGCCCUUGACAAUCUUUUGCCAACUGAUGCUACAGAGCGUUUCAAGUUUCAGAUACUGAUGGAUCAUCUGAAGCUGGAAGAGGCAUUACUAAUUGCUGAUUCUUAUAGUAAUAGCACCCAUCCAUACAGCUACACAAUGCAAGCUCUCACAGAACUAUAUGGGCAGCCUCAUCAAUUAGCGCUUCAGCGCAUCGCUGGACUGAUGGAUGGUCCAAGCAUAAGAAGUGGUGAUACCAGAGCAUUUAGACUUUUUGCACUGAAAGUUCGUGCAUUAGUUGGAAUGUUAGACCAGUUAGGAAGACAUGGCUAUACAGAAUUGACUUGUGGGUCUCACGUUUCCAGGCUCUUAGCUAAAUUGCCUCACGACCUCAGAGCAAACUUUAAGAGGUAUGUGAAUCCUCUAAAAACCCCAAUACCCACAUUACUAGACCUAGCAGAGUGGCUGGAGUAUGAGGUAAGGGUACAAGAAGAUGGUACUCAGUUUGACAUUGACCUAAGCAGAGAUAGACAGGGUCCCCACAGAGAACAACAGAGAGGACCUAAAGUCACUCACAAGUCCACAGCUAUUUUCCAUGGAAGUGAGCAAAGACAACCCCCCAAAGCUGACCGCUCUUGCUAUAAUGCAGCCGAGGAAGGAAAACCUUUGGAGAGACCAAAGAAGUUCUGCCCAUUUUGUAACACAACACAACAUUACCUGAAUCAGUGCUCAAACUUUAAGUUGUUGACCAAAGAACAGAUUGAGACAUGGAUUAAGUCCAAUCAGAGAUGUUGGAAAUGUGGGCGUGAUCAUCCUAUGGCUCAGUGCUCUCUAAAGGCUAAAUGCAAAAAGUGUCAAAGGAGACACUUAGAAGUCCUUCAUGAUGUCAAUACUGGAAAGAGUAGUGAUGUUACAAAACCAUUUGGAGAGAUUAUGCAUUCUACCAGUACAUCAGCAGAAACUUUGUAUGUCGAUCGACCUACAGGUAGCAGUAAAGUGCUGCUAAAAAUGUGCAGAGUUAUCUUACGAAAUGGUGACAUGUCUUUGGACACAUACGCUCUUCUGGAUGACGGUUCAGAACGCACCAUACUUCUCAAUGAAGCAGCUCAGUAUCUCAACCUUCAUGGUAAUGCUGAAGAACUGUCUCUCCGCACAGUACGUCAGGACAUACGCAUUAUCCAUGGCUUUUCAGUCUGCUUUACAGUAUCUCCUGUCACACAACCAAACCGAAACUUUGACAUCAAAAGGGCAUUCACAGCUAAGGAGCUUGGGCUGGCACCACAUACAUAUCCAGUCAAAACCCUCCAAAAGAAAUAUUGUCAUCUCAGGGAUUUGCCUUUGCAGCCAAUUGAACAUGCACGACCACUACUCCUUAUCGGGUCAGAUUACCCACAGCUAAUAACUCCAGUUGAACCUGUUCGCUUGGGUCCUCCCGGCGGUCCAGCAGCUGUGAAGACUCGUUUGGGAUGGACAUUGCAAGGUCCAUCAAAGUUUCUUGAACACAGUCUGAACACACAACAAUGCCUUUUCACAUCCAUAAGUUCUAUGCCUAAUGAUCUUUUCAGUCAUGUAGAGAAGUUAUGGCAGAUGGAUACCAUUCCAUACAGAAAUGAAAAGCUUGUAACACGAUCGAAGCAAGAUACCCAAGCUAUAAGUAUGCUGGAGAAGAAAACCAUCAGAGUUGAAGUAAAUGGAGUCAAAAGAUAUGCUACCCCACUCUUGUGGAAAAGCAGUCUUCCACCUUUAGCUGCUCCUAAGGAAUCAGUACUGCCUCUCCUUCGGGGGACUGAGAAACGACUGUCACAGGACUCUGAAAAGGCACAAGCAUACAAGUCUGAAAUAAGCAAACUGUCAGAAGCUGGCUAUGUAAUGAAAAUUCCCCAAUCCACAGCUGAAGAAACACAAGGGUGGUACAUUCCUCACCAUAUGGUCCACCAUAACGGGAAGAACAGGAUCGUGUUUAACUGCUCCUUUAGUUAUAAGGGCCUGAGCUUAAAUGAACGCCUUCUCCCUGGACCUGUGUUAGGUGCAACACUGCUUGGAGUGCUUCUACGUUUCAGAGAGCAUACUGUGGCCUUCAGCAGUGAUAUCAAGGGAAUGUUUCAUCAAGUACAUCUCCUGCCAGAAGACCAAACAUUCUUGAGGUUUCUGUGGCGAGACUUGAAUCUAAGCAACCCACCUGAUAUCUAUCAGUGGUCAGUUCUGCCUUUUGGCACUACAUGUAGCCCAUGCUGCGCAACAUUCGCUCUACAGAAACAUGUAGCAGACCACAGCCAACCUAACAGUGAUUUACGUACAGCAAUUGAGCGUUGCUUUUAUGUGGAUAACUGGUUACAAAGUAUUCCAUCUCUUGAAACUGCCAGAACAAUAGUGGAUGACAUGAAACAUCUUCUUGCUGAUGGUGGAUUUGAACUGCGUCAAUGGGCUAGCAACACUCCACAACUGAUAAAUCACCUGCCUCAGGAGAUCAGAUCAGAAAGCUGUGAUCUGUGGUUUAGCUCAGACAGAGCAGACCCUCAAGAGCGCACAUUAGGACUAAGGUGGCAAUGCAGAUCUGACACGCUUGGCUACAAACACAAUCAUAAACAGAAGGCAGAACCCACUAUGCGAAACAUUUAUCGCAUUCUUUCUAGCCAGUAUGAUCCACUAGGAUUCAUCCUACCCUUCACUACACGAGCUAAGAUCAUAGUUCAAAGGCUCUGGGACAAAAGGAGAGAAUGGGAUGACCCUGACAUACCUGCAGACCUCAGACAUGAAUGGAUCACAUGGGAAAAUGAGCUCUCACAGCUUUCUUCUGUCACAUUACCCAGGUGCUACACUACAAAGGUAGAUCCACUAGUUAGCUCCAGAAGUGUCCACAUCUUCAGUGAUGCCUCGGAGCGAGCAUAUGGCUCUGUUGCCUAUCUUCGCAGUGAAGAUGAGAAAGGACAAAUAGAGGUGGCAUUUUUAGCAGCUAGAUCCAGAGUAGCUCCUAAAAAGCAGCAAACAAUACCAAGGCUUGAACUCUGUGCUGCUCUAACUGGAGCUCAACUCUCAGCAGUUCUUAAAAGUGAGCUUACCCUUGAAAUUAGCAGUUUCAAAUUCUGGACUGACUCUACAACGGUUCUAAACUGGCUUCAGUCAGACUCAUGCCACUUCAAAGUAUUUGUGGGGACCAGAGUUGCAGAGAUCCAGGAACUCACAGACUCAAAGGCAUGGUCUUAUGUAAACUCUAAAGAUAAUCCUGCUGAUGAUAUUACCCGUGGCCUGUCAUUGGUUGAGAUUGCUGACCAAAAUCGUUGGUCUAAAGGCCCAGCAUUUCUGUGGGAACAUCCGACAUCUUGGCCCAAGUUACCCAAAUUGGAUCAAACUGAAAAUUCAGAAGAGCUACGAAAGCCAACAGCCUGCCACCUACUAACAACUCAUGCUGAACAGCAUCUAAUUGAUGUCACACAAUUCAACAGCUUUCAAGAAAUAGUAGAAGCUGUUACACAAUCCCUUAACGGGGCGGCCAGCGCUAACACUGUCACAGCUGAUACAUUCAGGAAAGCUGAACUAGAAGUGUUUAAAACAUCACAGAUGGAAAGUUUUCCUAAUGAGUACAUUCAGUUGCAAAAGGGGACUGCCAUCUCACCAAACAGUAGAUUAAUAGCAUUAAAUCCUGAGUUUGAUUGUGAUACACAAUUAAUUAGAGUAGGGGGACGACUUAGAAGAUGUGAACAGCUGAGCCCUGACAUUCUUCAUCCAAUUGUUCUAGACCCAACUCAUUCAGUAACCAAGCUAUUGAUUAAACAGUAUGAUGAACAGCUACAUCACCCUGGUACAGAACGUGUUUUUGCUGAAAUCAGAAGGCGUUUCUGGAUUCUGAGAGGGCGACAAGCCAUUCGUUCAGUUCAACAUCACUGUGCAGAGUGCCGCAAAUGGCGUGGUAAACCAGAUGUUCCAAAAAUGGCAGACUUACCACCUUCCAGUUUAAGGCUCUUUAAACCUGCAUUCCACUCUACAGGCAUGGACUGUUUCGGCCCAUUUACCAUUAAAAUUGGGCGAAGGAAUGAGAAACGUUGGGGUAUAAUUUACAAGUGUCUAACCACCAAAGCAGUAUACCUCGACCUUCUGUCUCAUGCUGACUCUGAUUCUUUCCUCAUGUCUCUACGACGUUUCAUCUCUCGAAGAGGAAAACCCUACGAGCUGUACUCUGAUCGAGGAACUAAUUUUAGAGGUGGUGACAGUGAACUUAAAGAAGCUUUCAAAAAUCUCAAUCCCCACUUACAACAAGAACUUGCCAAGCAGCAGAUAGAUUUCCACUACAAUCCACCUAACGCCCCUCAUUUUGGUGGAUCCUGGGAGAGGGAAAUCCGAUCCGUUAAGACUGCCCUGUAUACUAUCAUUGGGGCUCAAACAGUUACAGAAGAAGUGCUCAUGACUGUCUUAAUUGAGAUUGAAGGAAUUCUAAAUUCUAAACCCUUGGGGUAUGUAUCUUCUGACAUAGCUGAUCCAGAUCCAAUAACGCCAAACUCUCUCCUGAUGGGACGAAUGGAUUCCACUUUGCCACAAGUUAUUUAUCCUGAAACUGAAUUGCUUAGUCGCAAAAGAUGGAGGCACAGCCAAGUACUGGCAGAUCAGUUCUGGAACCGUUUUCUACGUAACUACUUGCCUGGACUGCAGUCUCGACAAAAAUGGCAACAGGAAAGGGAAAACCUGGCAGUCGGAACAGUUGUUAUGAUCGUUGAUCCACAAUCCCCAAGAGCCCUGUGGCCUGUUGGAACUGUUAAAUCAGUUAAAGUUGGAGAUGACAAUAAGGUCAGAUCAGCAGAAAUCCAAGUCAAAGACAAAACUUACAUCAGGCCUGUUGUCCGACUUAUUAAGCUCCCAUCAUUUCCAGAAUAAGUUUACUGUGCUGGCCCAAUGUUUCAAAUCUGCAAUGCACAUUUGGGGGCGGCUGUAGUAAAUUGAGGGCCAGCUGUAUAUGUUUAUGGCACCAUCUAGUGGACAUUCAAUAACAUUUUCUUGAGAUGGUAAUUAAAUCAGGCAUUAUUACUGGCCUUUAUUAGGACCCAGCUAAGGACCUCUGAUGAUGUCAUUUUCAGUUGAGCCACAUGUGACAUGUUGAUAUGGAAGGAUGUUGUGCUGGUGACAAUCUGAUUGCAUCUACAUGGUUAUUUGCAUCAUCUUGUUGAUUUCAUGUUGUGUUUGCGUGCAUCAAAGAGUAAGUUGUUGUAUUUAGUCAAUAUUUGUACAUUUUAUAUCUUUAUACUUUAGAAAUAGAGUUAAGUUGUACUUAUAGUAUUGCUGCAGCACACCAUGUGCACAAUGAUAACUUCUAUAGAGACAUAUUCCUAACCUAAAUGUUUAUUGGUUCUAUUGUUAAACUUAAUUGAUAGUUUAAGUGUUUAUUAUUUGUAUUACAUGCAUAUGUUUAUACAGUAUUAUUUGUUUCUUUAAACUAGAACCAUACACACCUGUUCUGAUCAACAUAAGAUAUGCAAGACAUGAAGAUUAAACUGUUCAAUUUCUAUAAAGAGUGGUCUGUGAGUGGUGUGUGCACAUCUCAUCAAAGGGACAAAUAAUCAUAAAUGUUCUAACCGGGCAUUCUUUGGUGGUUGCAAACGGGUAGUAAUCAGCACCUAAGUGACUGUAUUACAUUUAAAUGUUAUAAUCUGUAACAAGU